AUGGCAACCACAGUAUUGCCUACUAGCCGCUAUUUCGUAACCCAACUCCUCGACUCGCUGUCCUCAGGCCCUGAUCCGUCAAUUGACCAAGCCACUGUUGUUGACGAUGAUGCAAACCCGCUGAAUAAUUUACCCGAUGCGACGAGGAAACAGUUGCUUUCACUACAGGUGCUAUUUCCGAAUGAAUUCGUACCGGCGUUGGAUUUACUCGAUCGGCGGCUUGUGACGAAGUUUAUCAUUUGUGGGGAGGAACAACUUGCUGCGCCGAAGACGGUCGAGGGAAAGAGAAAUGUGAUUCAGGAGCAGGAUGUACGGAUGCAAGAUGCAGAGGAGGCAUUACAGCACGAAGAUACCCAGAUGAAGCGUACAAACACGGCAGAUGCGCACACACAUUCAGAUAUCACCGACAACUCCAAGUCUUCAUAUCAAGACAAAGAGAAUGACGCAACACACCAGACUACUACUACCACAGCACAAGAAACCUCCACCACCUACAACGACAUGCUAUACUACGUCCGCUCCGCCCAACAGCGCUCCUCCCGCUUCGCCACCUCCUACGACACAACAGCCUCCUACCAAGUCCGCCUUCAGAGUUGGAAUUGCUCCUGUCCUGCUUUCGCUUUCGCUGCUUUUCCCCCCAUCUCCUCAUCCCCACACUCUUCCCCUCCCCAACAACAGUGUCCACCAUACGAUUCAGAAAAGGAGGACACAAACAACACAUCGAAGAAGCAGAAAAAGGCAAAGGAUCAAGAUCAGGAUGAUGAUGGAAAGUGGAUAUUCGGCGGUAUGAGUUUGGAACAUGGUAUGCCACCAGUUUGUAAACACCUCCUAGCAUGCGUGUUAGUGGAAAUAUGUAAAGGUUUAUUUGGGAGGUUUGUAGAGGAAAGGAGUGUUGGUGUUGAGGAGGCGGCAGGGUGGGCUGCUGGGUGGGGAGAUUGA